UGAUUUAGUAAUUAAAUUUCAGCAAAAAUAUUCAGGAAUUGCAUCCAAAAAAUCUUUAAUAAGAACAGUGUUUUCAACAGUGUUAAACAAAUGCAAAUUUUAUAAAUUUAAUGAUAAAUUCCGAUGUUGUCAAGCGUAAAAACAGAUUCCAAUUUCAAUUUAUGGCAAUUUUAGAAUCAAUUGAUGGUCAGUGCAAAGUGUGUUUAAAGUUGGUAAGAAGCGAGCUGUUUUCUUCCAGCAUAAGGUAAAAAGACAAAGUUGUCUGGUUCCCCAAUCAAAGAAGAUGCAUUUUCAAAUACUGUUGCUGCUUGUGAUUUCUCUAAAUACAAAUGGAGAAAUACUUCGUCUGCCAUGCAAGAUCUUUGCCAAUUUUACUGCUGUGCUUCAUGAUCAAUCACUUAGUUCUACAUUUCGUUCUUUGGACAACUUGGACGAGCAGAUGUGUAAGUUUGAAUGCAUCAUGGAGUAUCGAUGCAAGUCUAUAAAUUUAAACAGAGAGCUUGGUAUUUGCCAGUUGAAUAGCAAAUCAGCACAGGAUCCAAAAGAUUUCAUUGAAACGCAAAAAAAGGAGGGUUGGACAUAUUAUUCAACCCUUUUUGAAGAGAAAAAUGUUGGUCAGUAUUGCCAAGCAAAUGAUCCUUGCAGCGCCGGACAUAAAUGCAUUGACACUUGCUACUGCCCAGGGUAUAAAUGCAUUGCAGUGAAUUUGGCAUAUAAAAAGCCGUCCUCGCAUUCAUCAACUUCCACCAUAAAUGGAAUCACAUUAGUUGCCAGCCUUGGAAAUGACGGUGACAGAAAUGGGGAAUGGCAGCGAUGCAGUAUCACAAAAGCUGACAUAGUACCCUGGUGGCAAGUGGACCUUACAAGGCAAGCUGCUAUCACAAGUGUCCAAAUAAGAAGUGGCGCAAAUUGGGGUCAAUUGAGAAUCAAUCCAUUCGAUAUCAGUGUUGGAGAUGAUAGUUCAAAUGGCGGACGAAACAAUGCGCUUUGCGUGAAAGAUGGAAUGUUGGCAAGUGGUGAAUUGAAAAAGUUCGAUUGUCCACAGGUCCUGAUGGGUCGUUACGUCAGUAUCUUUUUGAACAGAGAAGAAUUUCUUCAAGUAUGCGAGGUUGAGGUUUAUGAAGAUGAAUUCUGAAACAAAGCUUGAUAAAUCUAUAUUUAUUCUCCACUUUCUGGCAAGCACGAAUGCAUUGGAAGAGAAAUGUAAUAUAUCUGCUACAAUCAGCAAAAGAGGACAUUAAAAAUGCACAAAGAUUUCAUGUUAUAUGUUUGAAUUUUCUGUACCGCAAAGUUUGGAAAUGGCAUGAAAUAUUGUAAACAUAGCACGCUGAGGUACCUUUCGUCUGACACUCUUCACCCAAAUAGACAAUAGUGAAAGUUUGCACUAAAUCUUAACUUGCUGCAUCUCGCCCUUAAAAUUUUGAUGGAAAUGAGCCAUCUUCUUUUCAUCUGGGUGUUUUGGAAUCAAAGCAAAAGGAUCCCAGCUUGUUUCGACAGCAAAAGUUCGCUUUCUCUUUUUGGCAAUUCACGGUUUUUAAAAAAGCCUGUAAAACGCUUAGUCUUUCUCUUGAGCCACUGUCGAUCCAUACUUGGAUGUAAAUUUUCUGCCUACCAUUGGUCAUUAACACUCGUUUGUACUCUGAAAAUUGUCGAACGCAAAGAACUUCAGUAAGCUAUGUUUCCGAUUUUUCAUGAAAUCUUCAAAAUUUAGCAAGAACUAUCUUUAUAUAAAUUACUAUCUCUCUAUAAAUUAUGGACAGUGGGGGCGAAGGCUGAAAAAUAUUUUUGGCUUGUGACUUAUGCUCAAUUUAAGAAAUUUAAAUUACAAAAAAUCAAUUUUUUCCCUGAAAGAUUAUUUACAAAGACUUGAUGUUUUCUUUAAGCUUUAAGAGCUGUCAGCAAAAUUUUUGAUAGGAAAAUCAGAAAAAAGAUCAGAAACAUAAAUUAUGCAAAGUGACUUUAUUGUUUUGAUUUGGCUAUAUAUAGCAAAGCAAAGACCACUGUAUCGUGUUAUUAAGUGACAUGAAUGAGAGUCUUGUUAUUUGAAUUAUGAUAUUAUAGUCUCUUUGAUCUCCAGAAAAUCUAAUUCGAGUUCAGAAACGAUAAUACAGAAGGAUUUUGUACGCUGCAAUAGUUAUACUCGUAACGUGGAACAUAAAAUGAUAUUAAA